GGCGCGGGGCGAUGGGGGCGCGGCGGCGGCCGGCGCUCUGACAGCCCCCGGCGCUCCCUCGGCGGCGGGCGCAGCGGCUCCGGCGGCAGCGGCGGGUCUGGGCGGCCGCCCCCCUCCUCCUCGGCGCGGACCAUGUUCGCCAAAGGGAAGGGCUCGGCGGUGCCCUCGGACGGGCAGGCGCGGGAGAAGCUGGCGCUGUACGUCUACGAGUACCUGCUGCACGUCGGCGCCCAGAAGUCUGCGCAGACCUUCCUGUCCGAGAUCCGGUGGGAGAAGAACAUCACGCUGGGCGAGCCCCCCGGCUUCCUGCACUCCUGGUGGUGCGUGUUUUGGGACCUGUACUGCGCUGCUCCCGAAAGGCGAGACACUUGUGAACAUUCGAGUGAAGCCAAAGCCUUUCAUGACUACAGCGCAGCUGCUGCCCCGAGUCCCGUGCUUGGAAACAUUCCCCCGAAUGACGGGAUGCCCGGGGGCCCCAUCCCACCCGGGUUCUUCCAGGGACCGCCUGGGUCACAGCCCUCGCCACACGCACAGCCUCCACCCCACAAUCCUAACAGCAUGAUGGGACCCCACAGUCAGCCGUUCAUGUCGCCGCGCUACGCCGGAGGUCCCCGGCCCCCCAUCAGGAUGGGCAACCAGCCCCCGGGCGCUGUUCCCGGUACACAGCCAUUGCUGCCCAAUUCGAUGGAUCCCACGCGACAGCAAGGGCACCCCAACAUGGGCGGCCCCAUGCAGAGGAUGAAUCCUCCGCGAGGGAUGGGCCCCAUGGGUCCCGGUCCGCAGAACUACGGCAGCGGCAUGAGACCUCCACCCAACUCCCUAGGCCCUGGCAUGCCUGGAAUUAACAUGGGGCCGGGCGCUGGUAGACCGUGGCCGAACCCCAGCAGUGCUAACUCAAUCCCAUACUCUUCUUCAUCGCCUGGUACAUACGUGGGUCCGCCCGGCGGCGGUGGCCCUCCAGGGACACCCAUCAUGCCCAGUCCUGCAGAUUCAACAAAUUCAAGUGACAACAUCUACACAAUGAUUAAUCCAGUACCGCCCGCAGGCAGUCGAUCGAAUUUCCCGAUGGGCCCCGGCUCUGACGGCCCCAUGGGCGGCAUGGGCGGGAUGGAGCCCCAUCACAUGAACGGAUCAUUAGGGUCAGGAGACAUAGAUGGACUUCCAAAAAAUUCUCCAAACAACAUAAGUGGCAUUAGCAAUCCCCCGGGCACUCCAAGAGACGACGGGGAGCUGGGAGGCAACUUUCUCCAUUCCUUCCAAAAUGACAAUUAUUCCCCCAGCAUGACGAUGAGUGUGUGAUUUCCCUCCCCCUCCUCCUCUCCAGGAUCAAGAGAGUCAGCUGCCGUUCGGAGGAUCUCAACGAAUUAUGCAAGAAGAAGAAGAAGAAGAAGCUAGGUGUAUGGGCAGGGACACGCGUGGCGGGGGCCAAAACCCCAGGUUUAGUUUCAUGCAAUAAAAAGGCUGAACUUUUUAUUCCAUAAAACAUGAAGGACAAAACUUAAAAUAUUUCAAGACAUGACAAGACCCUUCUUUGUGCAGAAGGGUUUAUAUAUGUACAUGACACUUCUUUUUGGAAACAAACGGAAGCCUCUAGCACCCAACUCCGAUCUCUUUGCUUUGUUCUUUUAAAUAAAGACAGAAACCGAACCUGUUGUAUGUUUGUGCCGUGCGACACCAGGAAGCUAGUCUAGAUAUGAAAUCAUGUUGUCUCUGUUGUAGUCAUUUUUUUAAAAUAAACUGGACAGUUUACAAUGGUG